CUGGCGUUUAGUGCAUUUGCAACCUACUUUAGGUAUAAAGAUUUCAUCAAGGAUUGCCCAUCCGGACUUUUGAAAAGGGAGGAAUUUCAAUCUAUUUACCAGCAGUUCUUUCCGACUGGUGAUCCGUCACAAUUCGCUGGCUUUGUAUUCAACGUUUUCGACGGAAACAACGUUAAGUAG